UUAAAUAAAUUUCAAGUUGGGUAAAUGUGUGGCGUUCGCACACCUUUGUUGAGUGGCUGCGGCUGAAAAACGACUUUUCUGUCAUUUCACUUCAGGCCAAGAUAAUUGGCACAACAGCACCCAUUUAAGUCAUACCAUCUCACUAAGUUGGUCACCACAUUCCAUUUUAUACCAUCAAUAAACAAAACAUUGAGUUUCGAUUGGGAAAAUAACAGUUUUAUUUUUUUUUAAUUUAAGCUCGACGAGGAAGAAGUUUUGGGUUUUUUGGUUCAUUCUUGUUUUAUUUCAAUAAAAUUAUUCUUGUUUCUAUUUCAAUAUUUUGUUAUUAUUUAAAAUCGAUAAAAGGAGAAAUUGUGUGUUUAUUCUAUAAAAAAAACCGUAUUGUGUGAAGCCGAAAAAAGUAAAAUGAGUGAGUCAAGUGAAAAAACGGAUUACACGAAAAUAGGAGAUAAACGAGGGAUUUUGCGCUUGGAUAUAAAUAAGCCGCGAAAUUCCUCCGGAUCGGUUGAAUUCCGGAAUCAGCCAGAGCUCAUCUCAGAGGCUUCACCAUCGCCACAGUCAACGCAAUUAUCCGUGAAAUGGGCCUUUCCAAACGAUAAUACUACGAAAGCAGAAAAUGCAAGCGAUGUGCAAGUGCGACCAGAUCGAGUGUCAGGUUCAAGUGAAAAACGUGCGAAAAAAAGUUUAUCAGCCGAUCCCUAUCUUGGAUUUCAACCGUAUUAUGACCAGUUUUAUAUGGAACCAAUAGAUGUUCCCGAAUACAUAAAUUCUGAAGACGAAGACUAUUCAUUAUCUCUAUCGGCGGUGAUACAAAGGCGUGCUAGCGUACGUGGUCGUAAAAAGGGCUACUAUAGUCCAAGACGUGCAUCAAGUCCAAUGGGUCACGUAAGCAUUCCAGCUGGUAAUUCAAUUGCUGUUAGCAAAGCCGAUCGACGUCGCAGCUCUGUUUACACAACCAGCUCUGGCGAAACGGUCGUAUCACUCGGAGAUGGAGCCAACAAUCAGGAGUCAACGAAAGAGCAAAUUUUCGAAAAUAUUCGAUUGCACAAAGAAGUUCUACAAUCGGUUAAAAUGCAACCAUGGAGCAUGAGGCGAAAGCUACGUUUGGUUCGGCAAGCCAGAGAGUAUAUUGCACGGCAUGAAGGAGCAUUGCAGGAGCGCUUUGCUAUGUCUCGCAGCACAAAAGAUUUAUGGGCUCGAUUUAAAAUCGUUUUAACAGUUAAAUGGCAACACUUUCGGCGAGAAUUGGUUAACUUAUCGACACUGUUUGUUCCGUGGCAACUUCGCAUUAAGGAGAUUGAAUCACAUUUCGGAUCAGUAGUUGCGUCCUAUUUUACAUUUUUGCGAUGGCUUUUUUGGGUGAACAUCGUAUUAGCAUUUACACUCUCAACAUUUGUUAUUUUUCCAGAGUUUCUUGCAUCACAGUAUCAGGGCCAGAGUGAUCAUCGAAAAAUUAUGACGGACGAUGAGUAUGCGAAUGCCACUAAACUGAAGACCUUUUUAAAUUUCGAAGGCUAUCUCAAGUAUUCGCCACUAUUCUAUGGUUAUUAUUCAGACUAUUCGGGAAUCGCAAUGGGCCAACGAUACAAUCUACCCUUGGCUUAUUUCUUUGCUGGCGUUUCUGUAUACAUUUACAGCUUUUGGGCAACGUUGCGCAAAAUGGCAGAUAAUUCAAGGAUGUCAAAAAUGUCAUCAAAAGAGGAUGAAUGCAUAUUCUCAUGGAAACUAUUCACUGGAUGGGAUUACAUGAUAGGUCAUGCUGAAACCGCUCAUAAUCGCAUCGCAUCCGUUGUGCUGGGCUUCAAAGAGGCACUACUCGAGGAAGCUGAAAAGAAAAAGGAUAGGCAAAAUUGGGAGAUUAUUGUGCGCAGAAUUUUAGUGAAUAUUUUAAUACUUUGCUUGUUGGUGCUGUCAGCAUACGCUGUCGUUAGUGUUGUCAGACGAUCCGAAGAGGUGGGACCAACAAGUUCAUAUUGGCGUCAAAAUGAAGUCAGUUUCGUCAUGACCGGGAUUUCAUUCUUCUUUCCCACAUGCUUCGAAAUCCUUGGGCUAUUGGAGAAAUAUCAUCCACGAAAGCAAUUACGUUGGCAAUUAGGACGAAUUAUGUUGCUGAAUUUGCUGAAUUUGUUUUCGCUAAUUUUUGCGAUGUUUAAGAAAAUCGAAACAAUCAAUAAUAAACUGGACAUGAUGCGACGUCAUUGCGGGCCCGACAAAAAUCAAACAUCGAUCGUGCUGAAUGGUACGAAUGUGAUGCCCGAUCACCCACAUUCGACCGAUUCCACAUAUACAACCGCCUCCAUAUUCACCUCAGCCGCAAUAGCCCUCGGUGAAUUGGUGCCAACCGAUGCCAUCACCACGCUCGUAACAAUGGCAAAGAGCGCAUUCACCGAAAAUUUCGCAGGCGUUACACAAUGUGUUGAUAUUGUAGUGAAUUGCUCAAGCACAACGAUGGUCACAUCACUGUUGGCAUUGAACUUUACAACCAGCAUUUACCCCGAAAUUAUGAAACAGUUAAAUGUUAGCACCACCAUUUCAUCUUGGGAUUCGGACAUGUAUUCGUCCAGCAGUCUCAGCACUUUCGAUAUGUACGAUGAAAAUACGACCGAUUAUAAUGCCAGCACUAUCUAUACGAGUCGUGUGUAUCCAAUGGACGGCAGCACCACGACACCCAUUCCAUUUGAUGGGAGAUUGAACGAAGAUUAUGAGGCCACAACAUCAUCUUCUGACGAUUACGCCGAUGAAUACGAUGAUUCCAAUGCGGAUGAACGUUUCCGUAGGGAUGCGAUGAAUAUGUCGUUUGAAGAGAGCGACGUCAGCUAUGAUAUUGAAAGCGAUUCACUUACGUAUGAUUAUGACGAUACGAUCGACACCACCGAAGCCCCAUUUCAUAGUACAACCAUAGAUUUGUUCAAUAUGACCGAACUAAUAUCCACAACAGUGGCAUCAUUUCUACAAAAUAUCACCGAUACACUGGAUCCGUACAAUACAACACUAAUAUCGGAACAGUUUACGGAAUUUAUUGCAACCACAAUUAGUACCGAAAAUGAUAGUUUUGAUAGCGUUACUGAGACAACGGCACAGCCCGUUUACGAUAAAUGUAUCGACAACCCAAAUGGCUGGUACAUUGAAACGAUUUGCAAUGAGGUGACCCACGACGACGACAACGAUGGCAACGAAUUAACAACAACACCGCUAACCAAUGAAAGCCCCAUGGAAAUGCGUGUGCCAACAACAACAAUGACAACGCUAUCCACUACAGCUGGAUUCAAUGAAAAUUCGGCCAUUUUUCCGAAUGCAUCACUGACCACAGCUGUUAAUGAAUCUCUUUCAUCCAAUUUAACAUUAUUGACAAAAUCGAGCAGUGCAACGGAGUGUGUGCCAUACGCACCAAAAAAAGCCAACAACAUUACCGGCGUACCGCCCGAAUAUGUUGGCAAAGAGCUGAGCAAAACUAUACGAAAAAUGACCAAGGGGCAACAACAAACGUUGCGUGUCCUUUGCUGGGAAACACUAUUCGGACAAGAAUUGGUGAAAUUGACGGUACUUGAUCUGAUUUUUACCAUUUUUGCCACGCUAUUCAUGGACUUUUUCCGUGCACUGUUCGUUCGCUUCAUGAACAAGUGCUGGUGCUGGGACUUGGAGAAGAAAUUUCCAAAAUACGGAGAUUUCAAAAUUGCAGAAAACAUUUUGCAUUUGGUGAACAAUCAAGGUCAAGUGUGGAUGGGGAUGUUUUUUGCUCCUGGUCUGGCAAUUUUAAACUUAGUAAAACUCGGGAUUUUAAUGUACUUUCGGUCUUGGGCGGUUCUUACAUGCAACGUUCCGCACGAAGUUAUAUUCAGAGCUUCGCGUUCCAAUAACUUUUACUUGGCGUUGCUAUUGACGAUGCUGUUUCUGUGCGUGCUUCCUGUGAGCUACGCAAUCGUUUGGAUUGAGCCGUCGUGGCACUGUGGCCCGUUUGCCAAUCAUGAGCGCAUCCAUCGUGUCUUCACAGACACAUUAAAGACCAGUUUACCACCGGAAUGGCAUAAGCCAAUGGAUAUCAUUGCAUCCCCAAGCACAGUGAUCCCACUGUUGCUACUGUUGAUUCUGAUAAUUUAUUACUUGCUGUCGUUGACUGGUGCACUUCGUGAGGCAAAUCAGGAUUUGAAGAAUCAAUUGCGUCGCGAGCGACAAGAAGAGCGACGGAAGAUGUUGCAGCGUGUUGUUAAUGCCAAAUUGGAUGAUAGCUGUGGUAAUAAUGCAAUCGAUCGAUGGAGAAAAGUGCUGGAAGCUUCAUCGCCCGUAACACCAAAUGCGCCCGGUCAACCAUCUGAACCGGAUGAAGAGAAGAUUAAAGCUAGACGCGAAUUUCUGGCGCGCAUCAUGAAAAAGGCAUUGCGUAAGAGUUCAAAUACAUCCGAAGAUGAGAGUCAUGUGGGUGAUGAUGGUGACGAAACUGAUACUGAGCAACACGAACCAUUGCCCCAUGACCAAGACACAACGACAGCCGAAAAACGUACACCAACCAGACGCAAACGAUCGAGCGUUCAUUUGCUUGACGAUAGAAAGCCCGAAAACACACAACACACACAACUACAACAGCCGCAACAGCAACAACAGCAACAGCAACAACAACGCAAAUUAUCAUUUACCCGGAUGCGAGAUAUUGUUGAAGUUCCACGACGCAAAGCCGUCGAACAAGUGACCGAUGUCUUCAAGUCCAGCGUCAUUGUGGAGAAAAAAGAAAGAGAUGAGGAAAAAUGCACAACAAAACCGAAACCGGUAGAAAAAUCCAAACCACAUGACGAUGAUUACAAUAAAGUGAACGUUGUGUUGGAGCGACGAGCGCUGCGACGACAACAAAAUGCACGAGAAUCGGAAGGAAGCUUGUCUUUGCAAACGUCAUUACAGGAUUCCGCCAAUUAUGAUGUUGUAAAUGAAAAGAAUAAAAUUACGGAGAAACAACAUGCGACAAAACCAGCGAGUAAAUCACCGCCGAUGAGUACAAGCCCGGAUAUAUUCAAGUUUGAUUCAAGUAGUACUGCUGCUGCUGCUGCUGUUGGUGGUGGUAGUAAGAGAACGCGUGAGUACAACAGCAGCCGAGACAAUGAUGAAAGUGACACAGAUCAAACCAGUUACAAGGAAAUUACGCACGAAACCACCUCCGGCAAACCAAAGGGCCAACUAUCAAAAGACAGUUCAGGUUCAUUGUCAAAGAAUGCGUCGCCAACCACAUCAUUUCAAAUACAUUCGCCCAAAGGACGUGGCACCAAUAAUAAUUCGUCAUCGAAUGUAUCAACACCACGUGGCAGUAUCGAUCAUCGAAAAGAUGGCAAAGACCAACAACAACAUCAACACUCCCCGUCGCCAUCCGAAAAACUCACAUCACCAUCACCAUCCGAAAAACUCAAGCAAAACUCCGACGACCUUCUCAAUAAACCGAUACGAAAAUUGAAUUCAUUUUUAGCAUUGGUACGUGAAGCGGUCGCUGCAAAGAAACAAGAACAAAACCAAAUGAAGGAGAGAAAAGGGGAUGGUGGCGGAAGUUCAAAUCCUGAUUUGCAAUCACGUGUUAAAACCUAUAUCGAUGAUUCAGCGUCCGUAUCGAUGACGGAAAGCGUAAAAACAACCACCACCGAAACCACCUCAACGACCUCAUCAUCGAAAAAUACCACAUACUUUGAAUCGAUCCGACGUAAACGUCAUCAAGAACCACCGAAACCAAAGCGUCAAGACAGUCAAGCAUCAAUUUGGUCUGAGAAUAUACCGGUCAUCACAAUUAGCAAAUCGGAAAGUGAUGAAUGCAUUCUCGAACGAGACAACGACGAACUCAACGAGUCAUCAGAUAACAAAAGAGCGAAGCGCGCACAUGCACGCAACAAAAAAAACAUUUAGUUGGCAACUAAAAGUUCAAUUUAAUUUCAGUAUUUUUGUUUUUUCUUUGUUUCCUCAACUAAUACAUACUAUUAUAUACAUUUAGAUGAUGUAAGCCUAUCAAUUUUAUGUAACAACUUCCUGAACAAAUAUAUAUAUAUAUAUUUGGCGUAGUAUUUCGUUAAUGAAUGAAAUUAUAUCGGAAAGCUGAACGCAAAUAGCAAGAAAUCACACAAAUACACAUACGUCGUAGACAAGACAAGGGAAUAAGAUGAGCGAGUGAGCAAAAAAAAAAAACAUCGAAGCUGACGUGAAUUGACUCCGGCUUCGUUUAAAACUCAUCAACCGAAAUAGAAACAUUAGAUUUAAAACCAAACCAAAAAAAGAAUAUUCAAAUAUGUUGUGGGCACUGAAUAGAUGUUAAAGGUUACACGCUAUUUUUUGAUAAACAUUUGAUUAUAAUAAAAAAUGUUGGUCGUUACAUUUCAGUAGAUUUCGUUCCUCUGGUAUAUUCCAAUAAACACACUAAAUUAUCGCAUGCAAUGUUGACAACCUUAUAUAUAUUGUUUCGUCCUUUUCCUCCCCAUAUCAGAAGUGGAAAAAAGAAAAACAUCCAAAUUUCAUGUUAUACUUCUGUUUAAUUUUUUUUUUUUCGAACUGGAAUCUAAUAAAGUAUUUUGAUUACCCAUCAA